UCUACGUUUUAAAUAAUUAUGCGCUUGUAAGCUAUCCUGGAUCAGCAUAAUUGCACGUUGGGAUUUUUUGAACACCACAUCAUUUUCAUCGACUCACCAGGUUAGGGACGUUGUGUUGUCACAAAAAUUGCUGUUGCGUCCUAUAUGCAUGCGUUCGUUACUAGACCGCUAGCUCUGUAGCUGGAUACCUACCAGUCUAACAUUUGGAAAGCUAACAUAAGCUAGCUGUCUUGCUUAUGUUGUAAAACAUUCUGGAAGUCAUUGUUAAUGACAGCAAACAUUUAAGGUUUUACAGACAAUAAAAUGCUGUUGGCAGUUCGUCAUCUGAAACUAAUAUUUAUCAGUGUUUUGGAAUGUGAUUUAGCUUUCUUGUUGGCUAGUUAGGUUAAGUAGCCAGCGAGCUCUGGAGCUGUAGCUACGCUGCUAGCUGGCAAGCCUACGCAAACAACUAACGUGACUGUGUUCACGUCAUCUGCGACUUAGUGGACUUCUUCAGAAAUAUACAAACAUGGGCAUAUAACUUGUGUUUUGGUUACUACUCUAAAUUAGGAAGGGUCAUAAAAUGGCUGCAAGUGGGUACACUGAUUUAAGGGAGAAGCUGAAGUCAAUGACUCCGCAUAGGGACAAUUACAGAAACAAAGUUUCCGAACAUAGCAACGGCAGCGGGAACAAGCGCAAGUACCACGACUCCGAGGAUGACCUCAGCGACUAUGAGGAGCAACGCGAAUCGGAGGCCCGCAAAGUGAAGAGUGGAAUAACACAGGUGAGCAUAUUCACACCGGAGGAAUGCGCUCGCAUUGAGGAGAAGAUAGACGAGGUAGUCGCGAGGGGAGACAAGGGGCUCUACAGGGAGCAUACAGUUGACCGGGCACCCCUUAGAAAUAAGUACUUUUUCGGUGAAGGUUACACUUACGGCUCGCAGCUUGAAAAACGGGGUCCGGGUCAAGAGCGACUAUACUCAAAGGGCGAAGUGGACGAGAUACCGGACUGGGUACACGAGCUUGUCAUCGACAGGUUGGUUUCGCGCGGCGUUAUACCGGAAGGCUUCGUCAAUAGCGCUGUGAUCAACGACUACCAACCGGGGGGCUGCAUCGUGUCGCAUGUGGACCCCAUCCACAUUUUCGAGCGGCCCAUCGUCUCCGUGUCGUUCUUCAGCGACAGUGCACUCUGCUUCGGCUGCAAGUUCCAGUUCAAGCCCAUUCGCGUGUCGGAGCCCGUACUCUACCUGCCAGUGAGACGGGGGAGUGUUACAGUCCUCAAUGGCUAUGCUGCUGAUGACAUUACACACUGUAUCCGCCCACAGGAUAUCAAAGAGAGACGAGCUGUCAUCAUCCUUAGAAAGACGAGACCAGAUGCACCUCGUUUAGACACCAGUUCAUUAAACAUCUCGCUGUCAGAGAGACGACGUCCACUCAAAGCGAAACGCUCACACCGCAAAGCAGACCCAGAUGCUGCCCACAGGCCCCGUAUCUUAGAAAUGGACAAGGAACAGCACCGGCGUUCCGUGUUGUUGUCGUCGCGGCAGAGUCGCCAUGGCAACGACCCCUCAGAGAACUCCUGGCGAAGAGAGGAAGACUCAACUGGGCGCUACCACACACAUCACACACACAGUCAUACACCAGCACGCAGAGUCAAGAUGAGACGCCACUGAAGGACAAGAUACCCUCGACAACCAACUAUCCCUAAAUGUAAAAAAAGAAGAAAAAAAAAAAACAGAUGAAUAGCAAUGAAAACCAUGACAAUCAACCUGGCAAAUAUGGUGACCCUGCCAGCCAACCCAUCGGUAGCCAUGGUAACAACCCUGACAUCACAGUG